AUGAUCACGAAGAACUUUGACCUCGUCUACGUGCCUGUGGGGAGUAAGACUUCGACGAACUUGGGACUGGCCUUCGUCAACUAUGUUGAUGAGGAGUCGGCGAGGAUCGGCUUCAGCGCCCUUUGCAAGGCUCGAGGGCCGCAACAAUUUCGACUGGUGAAGUCCGCUUACGUGCAGGGCUUCUGUCCGAACCUCGCCUUCAUUUUGGCAUCCGGCAACGAUAUGGAGGUGUCGGCUGGCCAUCAUGAUCUCGUGAUGGCGAUGUUUGACAACGGACGCCGAGUGAAGGACGUCGCCGCCCGUAUGCAGGAGAGCGUGACCCCGGAGCUGUUUGCCGAAGCACAGGAACUUGUGGCCAAAAUUGAGAGCGAGCAUCGGAAGGAAUCCUCGGGAGAUGCAUCUUGGACAGAGUCGAGAUACAGCAGAUCCCAAGGUUCCUCCCAGUCGUCGCGCUCAUCAGCCGCGAAUGCCAGAAGCUAUCGUAACCCUCAAAGCAGGAGCCAGAUGACAACGUAUUGUCCCGGUUACUUGGAAUAUGGUGGGAUGGGCUAUGCAGAUCGGUAUGUCGAGGCGCCAAGCCCUUGGUUCCCAGAAGCUUUUGCGCCGCACGACAUGCGCCCCUUUGCGGGUGACGGGGGGCAUCACAUGCCAAUGCAGUCAAUGCGUCCCAUGAAUCCUGCUGUGCAGAACAGUGAUGGGCUACAACCAAUGCGCACGCUCCAAGCCCAGACACAAAUGCAACAAGCAGCAGCAGAACAGCUGCAGCUGCACCGAAUGCGAUUGCAACAGCUACAGAUGCAGCAGUCGCAGCUGCAGCGAGAAUUCCAAGAUCGUGGAACACAGCCCCAGCUGCACGGCAAAGAGCUCUACCAGGUCCCCCAGGAGCCACCGGU